UACAGUUGUUAAAACCAAUCAGCUCCUUCUAUAGUACUUCCUUUUGAAGAAGUCCCAUAUUAUAAUAAUCUCUCUUUUGACCUCUCUCAUGCUUCUGUAACAUAAAUAUAUAUUUAUAUAAAGGUGGAGAGGUAUGUCUACUUCCAAUAGUGGAAGCUCAGAACAAAGAUUUUGAUUUUGUUUUGAGAGAAAGAGAAUAAAACUAAGUAUGGGAGGGUAUGAUGAGUACAAGCCAGCAAUGGCAAUGUUUGCCUUACAAUUUUCUUAUGCAGGAGUUGCUCUGUCCACAAGAGCUGCUCUACUACAAGGAAUGAGUCCCACUGUCUUUGUGGUUUAUAGGCAAGCCAUAGCUACUUUGGUCAUUGCACCAUUAGCUUAUUUCACAAGAAGAAAAUCAGGAGGCCCUUCAAUGGGAUUAAGGAGUUUUACCUUGAUAUUUUUGGCUUCCCUUAUAGGUGUAGCAAUCAAUCAGAAUAUUUAUUUUCAAGGUCUAUAUUUGGCCUCUUCAUCAAUGGCAAGUGCUAUGGCAAAUCUUGUCCCAGCAGUCACUUUUCUAAUUGCAUCUAUUCUUGGAUUAGAAAAGGUAAACAUUCGAAGCUUGAGAAGCUUAGCCAAGAUAGUAGGAACCAUCUUAUGUGUGAGUGGUGCCAUGUCCAUGGCAUUGCUCAAAGGCCCCAAACUCCUUAAUGCUGAGCUUCAAAAUCUACCCAGUAAUUCCUUUUUCGGAUCCGGCAAUAGUACUGAUGAUUGGAUAUUGGGUUGUAUAUUUCUCUUUGGAAGCUGUUGUUGCUGGUCCAUUUGGUUGAUUCUGCAGGUUCCUGCCUCAGCAAGCUAUCCUGACCACCUUUCUUUAUCAGCUUGGAUGUGUUUCAUGGCAACAAUACAAUCAGCAAUAAUUACACUCUUUUUAGAGAAGGAUCUAGAGGCUUGGAAGUUCAGCACUGGUUUGGAACUUGGUUGUUGUUUUUUUUCAGGAAUUGUAGGAUCUGGGGUCUCAUUCUUUGUUCAAGCAUGGUGCAUAUCUGAAAGGGGUCCACUCUUCUCUGCUAUGUUCAAUCCUUUAUGCACUGUUAUAGUGACCAUUUUGGCUGCUAUAUUUCUUCAAGAGAAGAUUUAUACUGGAGGCUUGGUAGGUGGAAUCGGUGUCAUCAUUGGUUUAUACAUUUUGUUAUGGGGUAAAGCCAAAGACAUAAAGGUAGUUAUUGAAGAGGAAACUGAUCCGAAUCUACAAAAUAGUACUCAAGAGAGGAAACAAAUUGAUGACGUUUUGGAGAAGGGAAGUUAUCAAGUCGACUUGAAGGAACCCCUUUUAUCUAACCAAUCAUCUUAAAAGAAUAUAUAUAUAUGGAAAUUCUACAAUACACACCACUUCCUAUUUUUGAUACCUAAAUGAUUUAUGAUUGUAAUUUUUUUUUUGUCAUGAUUGUGUAUAUUGUAUUUAUUUUAGAGCAUCUUGCAAGUUUUCAAGAAA